GUGGACAAUGAGGGUUGUUGUUGGUUUGCUGUUGUUGCUGCUGGCUCUGUGUGGGUCAGGGGCUCAGGGGGAGGGUGGAGGCCUCGGACAGGUGGGUGAGAUCAGCCAGUUUCAGGAGACAGCUCCAAGAGAUGCAGCUGAGGAGUCAACCAAGCAGACCACAGAGCAAACCACCCCUGACAUCUGGGCGGAGGUGAGGGCACUGAGAGACAUGGUGGUGGAGCUCAAGGUGGAGCUGAGGAACAUGGAGGCCAGAGUGAAGGACAGUGAGAGCCAGGUGAAUGACCUGAAAGCUGAGCUGAUGGUCACCAAGGUGCACGUGGAGCUGCUGCAGAGAGAGAACUCUGAUCAAAAAGAUACACUGACUUCCACCAAGAGCAAAAUAAGUGACCUAGAAAAAGAGACUGCAGACUUACAGACCAGACUGAGCAGCAGUGAGAGUGAACUUCUCCUCAGCAAGUCCAGGAUUGACCAGCUGGAGAGGGAAAAUACAGAGAGACCAAAGGUGGCCUUUUACACAGCUCUGACUGAUGCAGGACCUCUUGGACCAUACAACACAGACAUCACACUGAAAUACAGCAAAGUCUUCACCAACAUUGGCAAUGCUUACAAUCCAGCUACAGGUUUCUUCACAGCACCAGUCAAAGGAGUCUACUAUCUCCAGUUCACUGUGUGUGGUAACCUUCAAGGUUCUAUGGGUGUAGAAUUGUACAAGAACAACCAGCAAAUUAUGCAUAAUGGCGAGCGGAAGGAGGAAGGAGGUGCUGAGUAUUUCACUAACUCUGUUGUCUUGGAGCUGAUGGCAGGAGAUGAAAUUCACCUGGUUCUCCCAUCAGGCGAUUCUGUCGUUGAUGAUGUAAAAAACCACAGCACCUUCAGUGGCUCUCUUCUCUUCACACUGUAAAGAUGUUGUUCAGGCUGAUGUGUGAUUGACUUGUCACAAACUCUGUUGUUUCUGAAUACACUGUGAUUCUUUAGAAGACGCUGAUAUAUCUCUGCACUGCUGCCUCCAAGACAAAUGUCUGUACAUUUACUUCAUAUAUCAUAUCUGAAUCUGACUUCCCUCUUGUGUCAUCACAUGAAAACAUUUAAGGAAAUCAAAGACUCACUGAAGUUGUGUCUGCUCUCACUGUGUGUA